CUUCCGGGCCGCGGAGGCGCGCGGCUGGCCGGCGGAAGCGGCGCGGCGCCGGCGCCAUGGCCGGGAUCCUGUUCGAGGACAUCUUCGACGUGAAGGACAUCGACCCCGAGGGGAAGAAGUUCGACCGUGUGUCCCGCCUGCACUGUGAGAGCGAGUCCUUCAAGAUGGACCUCAUCCUGGACGUGAACAUCCAGAUCUACCCCGUGGACCUCGGGGACAAAUUCCGCCUGGUCAUCGCCAGCACCUUGUACGAGGACGGCACGCUGGAUGAUGGCGAGUACAACCCCACAGACGACAGGCCCUCCAGGGCAGACCAGUUUGAGUACGUGAUGUAUGGCAAGGUGUACCGGAUCGAGGGGGAUGAGACCUCCACGGAGGCAGCCACGCGCCUCUCUGCCUACGUGUCCUACGGGGGACUGCUCAUGCGGCUGCAGGGGGAUGCAAACAACCUGCAUGGCUUUGAAGUGGACUCUCGAGUUUACCUGCUGAUGAAGAAGUUGGCCUUCUAGGACACCUCCCACCUCCACGGGCUGCCCCAGAGACCUCCUGGACAGCAAACACCAGCCCUCUGACCCCGAAUCCUGUCCCAGCACCCACGCUGGGGGAGGAAGGGCCAGUCUCCCUUUCUCAUCCUGGCCUCUCCUGACUCCUGCUGGGACCCACAGCCCCCUCUCAUGAGGAGAGGUGCCCAAUGACUGACUAGAGACCAUGCUGGGUGCUCUGUGGUCCUGCCUGCCCGGACAUCAGAAGUGGGUACAGCCCUGGCUCUGUGGUAGGAUGGCUACCUGUCAGCCCCGGGACUGGGUGCUGCUCCCAGAACCAGGCUGGCCUUGUUCUUUAUUAAACUGAGAUGUGUUUUCUA